GGCUCGCCAGUGACAAUGGCCGACGACCAAGACCUUUCGGAGGUGGAGAUGAGCCCAGUGGGCUCUGAAGACCACCACUGCCUCUCGCCAGGACCCUCCAUGACAUCAGACAACUCCCCACACCUUGCUGGCUCUGGGAACGGGGAGAUGGGGAAAGUCAAGAAGGAACAGCAAGACUCAGAAGCAGAUGACGACAAGUUCCCAGUGUGUAUCCGCGAAGCAGUCAGCCAGGUGCUAAGCGGCUAUGACUGGACCCUGGUACCCAUGCCCGUCCGGGUCAAUGGAAGUAACAAGAGCAAACCACAUGUCAAGCGGCCCAUGAACGCCUUCAUGGUCUGGGCACAGGCUGCCCGGAGGAAACUGGCUGACCAGUACCCACACCUCCACAAUGCCGAGCUCAGCAAGACCUUGGGAAAGCUCUGGAGGCUGUUGAAUGAAAGUGACAAGAGGCCCUUCAUUGAAGAGGCAGAGCGGCUGAGGAUGCAGCACAAGAAGGACCAUCCCGAUUACAAGUACCAGCCCCGCCGGCGGAAAAACGGCAAGGCCACGCAGGGCGAAGGUGAAGGCCAGGUGGAGGGGGAGGCUGGUGGGGCUGCUGCCAUUCAGGCUCACUACAAGAGUGCCCACCUGGACCACAGGCAUCCUGGCGAAGGGUCACCCAUGUCUGAUGGUCAUCCAGAACAUCCCUCAGGUCAGAGCCAUGGCCCCCCCACACCUCCUACCACCCCUAAGACUGAGCUGCAGGCAGGCAAAGCUGACUCCAAACGAGAAGGGCGUUCCCUGGGCGAAGGGGGAAAGCCACACAUUGACUUUGGCAAUGUGGACAUUGGGGAGAUCAGCCACGAAGUGAUGUCCAACAUGGAGACCUUCGAUGUCAAUGAAUUCGACCAGUACCUGCCACCCAACGGACACGCCGGCCACCCAGGCCAUGUUGGGGGCUACGCGGCAGCGGCGGCUGCUGGCUACGGCCUCGGGAGCGCCCUGGCUGCAGCCAGUGGACACUCUGCCUGGAUCUCCAAGCAGCACGGAGUCUCUUUGUCCACUGCCACCUCAUCGGUGGUGGACUCCAAGGCCCAGGUGAAAACGGAGGGGUCCACCCCUGGAGGCCAUUACACUGACCAGCCCUCCACCUCCCAGAUAGCUUACACAUCCCUGAGUCUGCCCCACUACGGUUCGGCCUUCCCUUCAAUCUCCAGGCCACAGUUUGACUACCCGGACCACCAGCCCUCCGGACCCUACUACAGCCAUUCCAGCCAAGCAUCUGGCCUCUACUCUGCUUUCUCUUAUAUGGGACCUUCCCAACGUCCCCUUUACACUGCCAUCUCUGACCCUGCACCCUCGGUGCCACAGUCCCAUAGCCCCACACACUGGGAACAGCCGGUGUAUACGACUCUCUCCAGACCAUAAGGGCACAAGGAACGGUGACCGAAGCAGCGACGGAAAGGCUCCGAAGACUUAGCACAGGCAGAAGAGCCUCCGAACUCCGAGGUCACUCAGUGUCAUCCAGCCACCAGAACCCACUGAGUAUACAGAAGUGCCUUUCUUGACCCCGGCUAUCGCUGGCUCACCCGCCUAGAAGAAGGUUUUUCGCCCUUUCACCCUUUACCAAUUUCAUGCAGGCCAUGUGAAUGGCAUGUGACACCUUACUGGCCUUCUAGAUGAGAAGGAUUCUAGACAUGGAGUGACUGGUCCAUGGUGGGUUUCGUUGUGUGCACCCUAAACUGUACGAUGAGACAGACUGCCCUUUCCUUCCCCUCCCCAGACUGCUCCAGGGAGUUAGCAAGUGCUUCCAACAGGCCACAAUGGCCAACACUUUGUCACCCUGCUGCAGGUGAAGGGUGGCUGCUC